AUGGAUCUUGAUGUGCUCUCCACGAGCUGCCCUGUUACACACCCGCCACCAUCCCCAUCCCCCAGAGAUGACAUUGUGCCAUAUUUUAAAACAGAGCCGGGCCUUCCACAGCUUCACCUGGAAGGGAACCGCCUCGUUCUCACUUGCCUCGCUGAAGGGAGCUGGCCCUUGGAAUUCAAGUGGAUGCACGAUGACAGUGAGCUCACCACCUACACCAGCGAAUAUAAGUAUGUUAUUCCAUCUUUACAGAGGCUGGAUGCUGGGUUUUACCGCUGUGUGGUUCGAAACAGAAUGGGCGCCCUCUUGCAAAGAAGAUCAGAAGUUCAAGUCGCAUAUAUGGGAAAUUUCAUGGAUACAGAUCAGAGAAAAAUGGUCUCUCAAGGACAUGCAGCUGUACUCAACUUACUGCCCAUCACCAGCUGCCCCAGACCUCAAGUGACUUGGUUCAGAGAAGGGCACAAGAUUAUUCCAAGCCACAGAAUAGCCAUCACGCUGGAGAACCAGCUAGUGAUCCUGGCAGCGACGGCCAGCGACGCAGGGGCUUACUACGUGCAGGCCGUCAACGAGAGGAAUGGGGAGAACAAGACCAGCCCGCUCAUUCACCUGAGCAUAGCAAGAGAUGUUGGCACGCCUGAAGCUGUGGCCCCCGUCAUCGUGAUCCCCCCGAGCAACAGAAGCGUGGUGGCCGGGUCCAGUGAGACCACCUUGGAAUGCAUAGCCAAUGCCAGGCCCGUCGAGGAGCUGAGUGUGACCUGGAAGAGAAACGGGGUGAGAGUCACCAGUGGGCUCCACAGCUUCGGGAGACGCCUCACCAUCAGCACCCCGACCUCCUCGGACAUCGGGGAGUACGUCUGCGAGGCGGCGCUGCCAGGGAGCGCUUUCGAGCCCGCCAGAGCCAAAGCCUUCCUUUCUAUCAUAGAGCCACCGUAUUUUACUGCGGAACCUGAGAGUCGGAUUUUAGUGGAAGUAGAAGAAACCGUGGACAUCGUGUGUGGAGCCAUGGGGGCCCCUCUUCCCACCCUGCGGUGGUUCAAGGACGCGGUCUCCAUCAACAAGCUCCAGCACCCUCGAUACCAAGUGCUGUCAAGUGGAGGCCUGCGCGUCCAGAAGCUGCGUCCGGAGGACUCAGGAAUUUUCCAGUGCUUCGCCAGUAACGAGGGCGGGGAGGUCCAGACCUACACCUACCUGGCCGUCACCAGUGAGUACUAUGCCCUGCAGAGCCGGGCUUCCCAGUCCUGGCGCCAUGGACACGUCAGGAAAUGCCAGUGUCUGCUCACCCGAGCACCCGCAUCCCGGGCGCGCUCCCUGCCCCUCUGGAGCCUUGAUUUCCCAGCACUUGAACACGCGGCUUUAUUGAGACAUAGGGACAGACCCCCAUUUUUCUGGACGGAACUGGAAAGACUGUUAAGUGAGCACCUCGUCCCUAGUCCUUUUCUUUUGACCUUCUUUCCAUUUUUUAUAUUCAUUCUCUAUUUUAGUUUUAUCGAACAAUUAUAGUUCUUUUGUGGCUUUCUUUUAUUGUCCCAGUAACAGAAAUACUUUGGCACUCUGAAAAAUAAAGGUAAAGGUAAAGGUGUUCAUUAUAUUUGUGGGUUUUCUCUUUAAUCUCCCAUAGUCGUAUUGUUGUUCUUCUAAAACGAAGUAGAGUUUAGCGAUUAGGGAACGCUACCUUUCACGUCUGCCCUUUUGGAAGGAAAAUGCUGAGAGCCAUCGGAGAAAGCAAACUGGUCAGCGUGUGCGUGGCCAGUGGCUCUUGUCAGCCAGGACUAGGAAGGGACCGACCCAAUCCUGAAAUAUUCAUGCAUAUGUUUGGGUAAACUAGGGGUCAUUUCCUCCAAUCUUGGCUGGGGGUCGAAUUUCCCCUGCAUUGUGGAGCAUGGGAAACCAGUAUCAUCACUUCAAGCAGCAGAAAGAAUACUGGGGACUUAAGCCAGAAACUGAGUUUUGAUCCAUUAGCAUUAUUUAAGCCUGUUUGGAAUCGUGGGCCAGGAUGCUGUAGGGCAGGGAUGGGCAGGCUUUUUCUGUGAAAAGCCGAUGGUGCCUGUUUUCGCCUUUG